AUGGUGGGUUGUGUCGGGCUUCAUGAGAUGGGACUGGGAGGCCGCCCCAUCUGGCCGCAGCACACCACCCCUCCUUAUGCCGUCCAUCCCACUUCACAUUCAAGGUACCAUUUCUUGGACUCGUCUCCGCCAAUGAGCCACGGGAACCGCACAGACUCCCGCACAACCCUGAAUGGCGGGCAUCAGAGUCUUAAUAUGAGCCUCUACAUGCUUCCCUCCUGUCCAGUGUUGAUGUGCUCGUCCGCCCCGAAAGGUCGGCCGAAAUCCAAGCUAAAGGUGUCGCUUCCAAACAUGGCCCGAACUAGGAUGCAACAUUCCUUGCCAAAGGGUCCACACUAG